AUGAUCAUCGUUGUUUUCUUUCUGCUUUUCAUUGGUAAUAUUCAUACGGGUAUCGUUCAAGUAUUUAAUUCGUCAAAUUUCACUGAAACGGACACUAGUGAACCAAUGGUUAUUUUUAAUAAUUACAAUGAGACAGUAUUCAAUGAAAAUAAAACAACAAUAAUCGAGAAUAAAAUGCCAUUGGUAGAGAACCAAACAAUAUUAAAUGAUAAUCAAUCAUCCAUUGAAACAAUUGAUAAAAAUCAAUUUACUGAAACUGUCGUCAAUCUUCUAAUGGAUCUUUUACAAAAAGCAAAUCUAUCACGUACUAUAUCUAUUAUUCAUAAUGAUACAGAACUAACUGAACUUGUUAUACAAGACAAUGCUGAUCUAUCAAAAACAACUAUUAAAUUAACUAAUCCGUAG